UGUGUGCAUUAGGAUCAGACUCGGUGCAGCAGUUGGUCAGUGUGUGUUUAGCUCUAAUUCUCUCUUUGGAUUAAUGUGUGUGUUUGGGUCCUCAGUCAGAAUGCAGGUGUGCUUUCUUCUCCUUCUUAUACAGCUUCAUGUCACUGAAGGGCAUUGAAGAGCGGACGUAAGCCAGUAUUUCCACACAGUGUGUCUCUGCUUAUGGACGUUAGUGAGUUGUCUACAUUAGUCAUUAAAAUGCUGUUGUGUUUUUAUCUUCUCCUUCUUCUCCACAUCACUGAAGGCUGCAGACUGGAAGGAAACGGAGAGACAAAACCAAUCACUGCAUACACAGGAGGUUCAGUACUGCUGCCCUGCUCCUGCACUGACCUCCACACCAAACCUGAGACACACACAUGGAAGAAAUAUACAGAUGGAAAUAACUGGGUAGAGAUAUCUCCUGAGAGAGAGCAGUACAAAGGCAGAUUUCAGCUGGUUAAUGGUCUCUCUUCAGGAAAUCUCUCUCUGCUCAUAUCACACCUGACUGAAGAGGAUGGAGGAGUUUACAGGUGUAGUCUUAAAGGGAGUGAAAACAGAUAUUUCAGACUCACUGUUAAAGGUUGCACACUGAAUCGUCAGACAAUGACUGUGACUGGAUACGUGGGACAGUCUGUCCUUCUGCCCUGCUCCUGCUCUGAACUACAAGCCAAACCACACACUUUCAGAUGGGUCUAUUUUAAAGGAUCUGACCGCAAAGAAAUCUUCCCAAAGGACGAGACAAAUCGCUACACAGACAGAGUUCAGAUCUUUAAUGAUCAUCUUCCAGGAAAUCUCUCUCUGCUCAUAUCACACCUGACUGUAGAGGAUGGAGGAUGGUACAGGUGUGAGACCAGAAACACUGACUUUAAAGACAUCUUAGUCAAAUUUAAAGACACCCCAAAGCAACCUUCAACAACCAUCAGAACAACUUCCAAACAAGAUGUAGGCGAAAGAAAUCCAGAAUCUGAAACAUCUGGAAAUGUCCCAAACACAGAUGAUGCCAAGACCCCCAUCAUCAUCAGCUCUGGUGUUAUUGGGGUUCUGCUGCUGCUGCUGAUACUCGGAGGAGUCACGUACUGGAAACGCAGAGGACAGACACGAGGACAGAUCGAGACCGGUGAUGGACAAACAGGACAGAGGACACAGCAGAAGAAGCAGGACUUUACCAAAUCUCUGAACUUACCCGUAACAUCAGAACCCACUUAUGAAGCGGGACACGAACAGAAUGAUCGUGAUGUUCUGUACACAGCUAUAAAUCCACAAACUAAACGCAACAAAGCAGAAGAAAAGGAUGAUGUGACGUACUCGACUGUAGUCCACAGUAACACUGUGAGAGCAGCACACACUCCAGUGGAGUCAGGAGAUAAUGUAGUGUAUGCCAGCAUCAAAACUAACUAACACACACACACACACACACACACACACACACACACACACACACACACACACACACACGCACACACACACACAUUAUUAUAUCUGUGAGGUAUUUUAUUGACUUGUAUGUUACUGUAGCUGAAUAACACAAACCUUCUAUGUCAAAAUGUCUAAAAGUUGUCUAUAUUUUAUGAAAAAUAUUUUUCUUUAAAAUGUGAUUAUUUUUGUACUAAUUUGAAUUCAUUGUGAUUAAUAAUAAUAAUAAUAAUAAUAAUAAUAAUAAUAAUAAUAAUAAUAAUCAUCAUAAUAAUAAUAAUAAUAAUACAGGGUGUAUGUAUGCCUGUACAUUGUUGCUUUUUAUAUAUUUACUUUUAAACUGUAUUUAGAUCUUUAAAGCAGCAGUAUGCCAUUUUUAAAUCCCUCUUCGAUCUCUUCAGUGUGCAAUUGCUAUCAAAACAUUAACAUUCCUGCCCUGACCCUUAUGCAACUUCAAGCACUCUUGUGAAAUAGUGUAUGUAUCGUGGGUUGAAAAGAACAAACAACAACAACAAAAACACUAUGAUGUUGAUUGUCAGUGUUCAGUGUUGAUUUCUGGGCUGUAAAAAUGUAAACAGAAACCUGAAAUUGUGUAUACGUACGUAAAAAAAAAAAAAAAUAAAAUCUGAAAAGCACACUGUGGACUGCUUGUUUACAUGGCCGUGUCUCAUUGCAAAACGCAUCUCCUCGACUUUCUCUGUCUAACUCUAGACUAUUGUUCAAAAGGCAAGCUUUCGAACUGCAUGCUAGCGAUGCACUGGCAUGUAUUGCGGUCCUUGAGAGUAAUAACUCACCAAAUCGGGUGUUUAAUAACUCAGUUUAUUGCCAUUUAUUUCAGAUUUAUAGCAAUUACAAUAUGGAACUGACAAGUCCAUAAAAUAGCAUAAUAAAUGUAUACUUUUGAAAGAAAUGAAGCAAUUCAACACACAUUAUUCAACACAAGUUCAUUCACUUUCCCUUCCCCUCCCCCACACUUUCUCUCCAUUUCAAAUACAUCUACAGAAAGCAGAACUACGUACUUUUGUACUAACUCCAAGCCUGGAAGUUGCAUCAUCGAAGAAAUUCUUUGUUGCUUAUAAACCAUGUGAAGCAUAUGUUUCAUCAUGCAACACUGCGUAAUCACAUCACGCAAAAUUAAGAGUGGUGUUAAUGUCAGUUUUGUGUGCUUGCUAUCACAAAUGUAACUGAUAGUGAAUGUUGUGUUCAGAUUUUAUAUUUCUGAAUUAACGUGUGAAUGCCAGUAGUUGGUCUGUUGAUCAAGGGGGUCGGUGGAUAAUGUCUGUACGCUCUGUGUAGGUCUACAGCGUUACAUCAGAUGUAUAGGUUGGUACUUAGUCUGCUGAGUGUGUAGGGCAGUAGCUGGAGAAUUUAUUAGGUGUGUAGGUCAGUAGCUGAUCUAUUGAUCAGGUGUAUAGGUCAUUAGUGGGUGAGUUGUUCACAAGUGAAGGUCAGUAGCUGAGAUUUGUAGGUCAGUAGCUGGUGAAUUGUUCAGGUGUGUAGGUCAGUAUUGGUUGAGUUGAUGGGUGUAGGUCAGUAGUGGGUGAGUUGAUGGGUGUAGGUCAUUACUGGGUAAGUUGAUGGGUGUAGGUCAGUAGUGGGUGAGUUGAUGGGUGUAGGUCAUUAGAGAGUGUGUUGAUGGGUGAAGGUCAUUAGUGGGUGAGUUGAUGGGUGUAGGUCAGUAGUGGGUGAGUUGAUGUGUAGGUCAUUAGUGGGUGAGUUGAUGGGUGUAGGUCAGUAGUGGGUGAGUUGAUGGGUGUAGAUCAGUAGUGGGUGAGUUGAUGGGUGUAGGUCAUUAGUGGGUGAGUUGAUGGGUGUAGGUCAUUAGAGAGUGUGUUGAUGGGUGUAGAUCAGUAGUGGGUGAGUUGAUGGGUGUAGGUCAUUAGUGGGUGAGUUGAUGGGUGUAGGUCAUUAGUGGGUGAGUUGAUGGGUGUAGGUCAUUAGAGAGUGUGUUGAUGGGUGAAGGUCAGUACUGGGUGAGUUGAUGGGUGUAGGUCAUUAGUGGGUGAGUUGAUGUGUAGGUCAUUAGUGGGUGAGUUGAUGUGUAGGUCAUUAGUGGGUGAGUUGAUGGGUGUAGGUCAUUAGCUGGGCUGUUGAUCAGGUGUGGAGCCCAUUGGGGUGUGAGCUGAGCAUGUGUGGAGGUCAGUAGCUGGUAAGUUGAUCAGG